CGAGCCGGGGGAGCGCGGGGUGCUGCGGGCUUGGCAGAGCCGCCGCCGCCCCGUCCGAACCCUGGAUUGCCGGAGCCCUUCACCAUGCCCGGCAGGCUGUAGGUGCUUCAUGGAGCAAGCCAACUUCUACGAGGUCGAUUCCCGGCCCCCGAUGAGCAGCGGCCAGCACCACCAGCUCCAGACUCCCCUGCCCGGCAGCGCCUACGGCUACAGAGAGGCUCCCUCGGCGGCGGCACCUGCUGCGGGCGGCGCGGAGCUCGGCGACAUCUGCGAGAACGAGCACUCCAUCGACAUCAGCGCCUACAUCGACCCCGCCGCCUUCAACGACGAGUUCCUGGCCGACCUCUUCCAGCACAGCAAGCAGCAGGAGAAGCACAAGGCCGUCCUGGCCGGGGAUUUCGAUUUCCACGGCAUGCACGGGGCCGGCGCGGCCGCCUCGGCGCCGGGGCACCACCCGCAGCAGCAGCCGCUGUUCGGCUGCGCGGCCGGCUACAUGGACGGCAAGCUCGACCCGCUCUACGAGCGCAUCGCCGCGCCGGGGCUGCGGCCGCUGGUCAUCAAGCAGGAGCCCCGCGAGGAGGAGGAGGUGAAGGCGGCGGCCCUGGCGGCCCUCUACCCGCACCCGCAGCAGCACCCAUCCCACCUGCAGUACCAGAUCGCCCACUGCGCGCAGACCACCGUGCACCUGCAGCCCGGGCACCCCACGCCGCCCCCCACACCCGUGCCCAGCCCGCACCACCCGCACCAUCCGCACCCCCCGGGCGCGCUGCCCGCCGCCCCCGGCGCCCUCAAGAUGAUGCCCGCCGACCACCGCGGCAAAUCCAAAAAGACAGUGGACAAGAACAGCAACGAGUACCGCGUGCGCCGGGAGCGCAACAACAUCGCGGUGCGCAAGAGCCGGGACAAGGCCAAGCAGCGCAACGUGGAGACGCAGCAGAAGGUGCUGGAGCUCACCACCGAUAACGAGCGGCUGCGGAAGCGGGUGGAGCAGCUCAGCCGGGAGCUGGAGACUCUUCGGGGCAUCUUCAGGCAGCUGCCCGAAAGCUCGCUGGUGAAGGCCAUGGGCAGCUGUGCCUAGCCGGGCCCUUCCGCUGCUCCGUGCGCUCCGAGCGGUGCCGGAGCGGGCUCAGAUUGCGGGGGGUGGGCUUUUUUUUUUUUUCUUUUUUUUUUCCCCAACAAUAAUGACCAAUAACAGAAGCCAGGCAGCUGUAGUAUUACCAGGUCGGUGCCUUAGGGUUGACACACGAAUAAGCUGAAAAACGUGGUGGGUUUUGUAAGGAGAAAGGCAAAGGGAAGGAAGAGAUAAAAAAAAAACCCACGUGUCUACACAGGGUAAAUGACAAUAAUAAUAGUAAUAGUAAUAAAGCACAUAGAGCAGCCCAGAUGUGCCUUAAAGCUGCCUGUAGGAGCUCUGUGCCCGCAGCCUGCCGAGGAAGGAGCGUGGGGACGUGCGGGCUGCGGGGCAGGCACGGGGACGGUGGCGGGUGCGGAGCGGCAGCGGCGCCGGACCGCCCCGGGCGGCAGAGGGACGGGACAGCCCGAGAGACGGACAUCGGGACCGGCGGACAGCGCGGCCCGCGGACAGCCCGGCCUGGCAGCCGGACAGUAGGGCCGAGGGCGGCCCGGCGGAGCUCCCCGCUCCGGCGGAAAGAGCGGCGGCGACUUGUACUGUAUGUCACGACAUGGCGAAGCACAAGUGAAUAAAUACCUAUCGAUGCGGGUAUUUACUACAAACUCUCAGCGUAUUUUGCUUUCUCCCAGGACAUUCAGCUCUUCUCCGUGUCUCUGUCUGCCCAAGCUGUGCCUCAUGUAAUGUGAAAGCCUUUCCGUGUAUACUAGCUACACUAUUUUUACUGCGUUACUUAGAUCUUUGCCAUCACACCACUUUCUUAUCUGGUGACAGAGACUGUGCCCUCGUGCUGCAACGUUAUUUUAUUAUUUGUGUGGGUGGGUGGGUGAGUGAUAGCUGCGCUGCUGCGGACGGCCAAGGCCCCGCUCCGGGCCCGGGGACAGAGCCGGGGGCAGCGGGAGGGCAGCGCGGGUGUGUGCGGGGCGCGUGUGCGGCGUGCGUGUGGGGUGGGAAAGUGGACGUAUAUGCACACACAUCGGUGUUUUGUUUUUGUUUUUUUUUUUUCUAAUUUGGGAGGGGACAGCAUAUACAGUUUUGUCGGAUAGUCCUGGUUACAUUCAUAAUAAACAGCAUAUACUCUGCCA